UGCCAUGUUUUCAAUCAGGCAUAACUUAUCGCACCAAUUUCAGAGGGUCCUGCGUCGGUUAACUUGGAAACCAUUCAACGAUGUUUGUUUUGAAGCAAUCAUAUAUCCGCUGAGUGAAACCCCUCAGUAAACAUGGAUGAAAAAGACGCUAGCUGCUUCAGCAACAAAGAAAAAGAGAAGGAUAUAGAUGAAGAGAGGAGGCCCGCAUCUGCUCGAGACAAAGCCAAAGAAGAGGCGAAAGCAAGCAGCAAAAAGGAUGUCGGCAAAGAGGAGAAGAGAAAGCGUUUAGAGGAGGAAAAGAAGAAGAAAGAGGAAAAGGAGCGGAAGAAGAAAGAGGAGGAAAAGCAGAAAGCAGAGGAGGAUCAGAAGAAAAAGGAGGAGGAGGAGAAGAAGCAGCAGGAGGAGCUGCAGAGAAAGCUUGAAGAAGAUGAAGCCAAACGACAGCGGGAGGAGGAGGCGGCGCUGCUCAAAGAAAAGCAGGAGGGCCACCAGCUGCACCAGGAGGCCUGGGAACGCCAUCAGAGCCGGAAAGAACUCCGCAGCAAGAACCAGAACGCCCACGAGAGCCGACCUGAAGAGGCCUUCUUCAGCCGCCUGGACUCCAGCCUUAAGAAGAACACGGCCUUCGUGAAGAAGCUGCGCACGCUGACCGAGCAGCAGCGGGAUGUGCUCUCCAACGACUUCUCCUCACUCAACCUCAGCAAGUACAUCGGCGAGGCCGUCAGCUCGCUGGUGGAGGCCAAGCUGAAGAUCUCGGACGUGGGCUGUGCCGUCCACCUGUGCUCCCUCUUCCACCAGCGCUACACAGAGUUUGCUCCCUUGCUGCUGCAGGCGUGGAAGAAGCACUUUGAAGCCAGGAAGGAGGAAAAGGCGCCAAACGUGAGCAAGCUGCGCACAGACCUGCGGUUCAUCGCCGAGCUCACCAUCGUCGGCCUCUUCACCGACAAAGAAGGCCUGUCACUGAUUUACGAGCAGCUGAAGAACAUCAUCGGCACGGACCGGGAGACGCACACCCACGUGUCGGUGGUGAUCAGCUUCUGUAAGCACUGCGGAGAUGACAUCGCCGGGCUGGUGCCCCGAAAGGUGAAGCUGGCCGCAGAGAAGUUCUGCUUGACUUUCCCUCCAAGCGAGAUCAUCAGUACAGAGAAGCAGCAGCCCUUCCAGAACCUCCUGCGGGAGUACUUCACCUCCCUGACCAAGCAUCUGAAGAAGGACCACCGGGAGCUGCAGAACAUUGAGAGGCAGAACCGUCGCAUCCUGCACUCCAAAGGGGAGCUGAGCGAGGACAGGCACAAGCAGUACGAGGAGUUCGCUACAUCCUACCAAAAGCUGCUGGCCAACACUCACUCCCUGGCAGACCUGCUGGACGAAAACAUGCCUGAGCUGCCGCAGGACAAGACUGUCCAGGAAGAGCACGGCCCCGGCAUCGACAUCUUCACCCCGGGAAAACCCGGGGAGUACGAACUGGAGGGGGGGAUCUGGGAGGACGAAGACGCUCGUAACUUCUACGAAAACCUGAUCGACCUGAAGGCUUUCGUUCCUGCGAUCCUCUUCAAGGACAACGAGAAGAGCGGCCUGAGCAAAGACAAAGAGGACAGCAAAGAUGGCAGAGAAGGAAAAGAUGCAAGCACCACAGAAGAUCUGGAGCUGGAGUUGGAGGCUCUGGACAUCGCAGAUGAGCCUCUUGAACUGGAGGGAGGAGACGAGGUGGAGAGCGAGGAGCUGGCCAAGAAGCUGCUGGAUGAGCAAGAGCAAGAAGACGAGGAGGCAAACACAGGAUCGCACCUGAAGCUGAUUGUGGACGCCUUCAUCCAGCAGCUGCCCAACUGUGUCAACAGGGACCUGAUAGACAAGGCUGCAAUGGACUUCUGCAUGAACAUGAACACCAAAUCCAACAGGAGGAAGCUGGUCCGAGCCCUGUUCACUGUCCCCAGGCAGAGGUUGGAUCUCCUGCCUUUCUACUCUCGCCUGGUGGCAACGCUGCAUCCCUGCAUGUCUGACGUGGCCGAGGAUCUCUGCUCCAUGCUGAAGGGAGACUUCCGCUUCCAUAUCCGUAAGAAGGACCAGAUCAACAUCGAGACAAAGAACAAGACAGUCCGAUUCAUCGGGGAGCUGUCCAAGUUCAAGAUGUUCUCAAAGACGGACACUCUUCACUGCCUGAAGAUGCUGCUGUCUGAUUUCACCCAUCACCACAUCGAGAUGGCCUGCACCCUGCUGGAGACCUGCGGCCGCUUCCUGUUCAGGUCGCCAGACUCUCACCUGCGGACCAGCGUCCUGUUGGAACAAAUGAUGCGUAAGAAGCAGGCGCAGCAUCUGGACGCCCGCUACGUCACCAUGGUGGAGAACGCCUACUACUACUGCAACCCGCCGCCCAUAGAGAAGGCCGUGAAGAAGAAGAGGCCGCCGCUGCAGGAGUACAUCCGUAAGCUGCUCUACAAGGACCUGUCCAAGGUGACCACGGAGAAGGUGCUGAGGCAGAUGCGCAAGCUGCCGUGGCAGGACCCCGAAGUGAAGGGCUACCUGAUCUGCUGCAUGAUCAACAUCUGGAACGUCAAGUACAACAGCAUCCACUGCGUGGCCAACCUGCUGGCCGGCCUGGUGGCCUACCAGGAGGACGUGGGCAUCCACGUGGUGGACGGAGUGCUGGAGGACAUCCGGCUGGGCAUGGAGGUCAACCAGCCAAAGUUCAACCAGCGGCGGAUCAGCAGCGCCAAGUUCCUGGGCGAGCUCUACAACUACCGCAUGGUGGAAUCGGCGGUCGUCUUCCGCACGCUCUUCUCCUUCAUCUCCUUCGGGGUGAACCAGGACGGCAGCCCCAGCCCUCUGGACCCCCCCGAGCACCUCUUCCGCAUCCGCCUGGUCUGCACCCUGCUGGACACCUGCGGUCAGUACUUCGACCGCGGCUCCAGCAAGAAGAAGCUGGACUGCUUCCUGAUCUACUUCCAGAGGUACAUUUGGUGGAAAAAGAGUGUGGACGUUUGGACGAAGGACCACCCGUUCCCCAUCGACAUCGACUACAUGAUCAGCGACACCCUGGAGCUGCUCAGACCCAAGAUGAGGCUGAGCUGCUCCCUGGACGAGGCCACCAAGCAGGUCGCCGACCUGGAGAGAGAAGUGCUCGUCAAACUGGGCAUGGCCAUGGAGAAGGACGGCCGCUCCAGCGCCAUGAGCGAAGGGGAGCCGCUGGACGAAGAGGACGACGACGACGAUGAUGAAGAAGGUGCAGCCGACACCGAGGAGCAAUCUGGAAACGAGAGCGAGAUGAACGAACAGGAAGAGGAUGAAGGAUCUGAGAAUGAGGAGGAAGAGCGUGAUGAAGAGGAAGAAGAGAACACGGAUUAUCUGACCGACUCCAACAAAGAGAAUGAGACGGAUGAGGAGAACAAUGAGGUGACCAUCCGUGGGGGCGGGCUGAAACAUGUGGCCUGCGCUGAGGAUGAAGACUUCAUUCAGGCUCUGGAUAAGAUGAUGCUGGAAAACCUGCAGCAGCGCAGCGGCGAGGCGGUGAAGGUGCACCAGCUGGACGUGGCCAUCCCUCUGCAGCUGAAGAGUCAGCUGAAGAAGGGCGGCUCUGGGCAGCAGUGCAUGGGAGAGGGAGAGGCGGACAUCUCCGAAACCAUGCAGUUCGUCAUGCUGACCCGGAAAGGAAACAAACAGCAGUAUAAGAUCCUGAAUGUCCCGCUGUCGUCCCACCUGGCGGCGAACCACUUCAACCAGCAGCAGGCGGAGCAGGAGGAGCGGAUGAGGAUGAAGAAGCUCACCCUGGACAUCAACGAGAGGCAGGAGCAGGAGGACUAUCAGGAGAUGAUGCAAUCUUUCGCCCAGCGUCCGGCGCCAGCCAACACCAACCGAGAGCGACGGCCCCGCUACCAGCACCCGAAAGGCGCUCCCAACGCCGACCUCAUCUUCAAAACUGGAGGAAGGAGACGCUGAUCGGAGUCUGGGCCCGGGCUGAACGAGCGAGCGAGCAUCAGAGAGAAUGAGCCAGCAAAAGAGAGAGAGAGAGAGAGCGAGGAGGAGACGUGAGGGGAAAGCGGUCGCAGGCGGGAACGAGUCCUCCAGACGUCAGGACUGUCCAAAACCCUCCUGACCUGAACUCACACUGUUAGCGAAUCCAGAGGUCUGUGGGGGGGGGCGGCGUAUGAGAGGCGGCAUCAAGAGGUCAGAGGUCAGGGCUCAGACAGGGGCUCUCUUUCUUUUUUGUCUGUUAUCUGAAAUGACAGAAAAAAUGCCAGCAGUCUGGACUGGAGGACAGACCACACGCACCUGAGCAGCGGACCGGCGGGCUGGGGGGGCUUUAGCAGCUGUCACCGCACCAGCUGGAGGAAAAAUAAACUGCUUUAAAGAAGAACAUGUCUGCAUAUUCUUCUUUUUUCUUUUUGGGAACCAGUCGGAUCCACAGAGACUCUCAGAAGGCGAUCAGUUUCCGCUGGUUUUUGUUCCGCAAAGCAAAGAAGUGAAUCUUUUCAGAGGAAUCAUGAAGAAGAUCAGAAAAAGGAUGAAGACGAGGUGGAGGAUGUCCGCUGAUCACUUCCUAGAAGUCAGGAAGCGUUCUUAAUCUGUCAAAUAUUCUCCUGAUAAAGAAAAGCAAACAUUUCUGAUAAGAUGCUGAGAACAAUCUGAGGCUGCAGCUGCUUUCUUCCAUCACCACAGAUCUAUAAAUGUUAAACAAAACGUUUAAAUCUGUUUUUUUAUUUCAUGGUUUAUUACAGUUAAGAAUAUUUGUUUAGCAUUUGCUAGUUUUUCAUCAGCUGCAGAUUUAAGUUUAAUGAUUUUAUUUUGGGCUCAAUAAUUGACCAACAAUCAUUUCC